AUGUAUUACGUUCGAGGGAACAGACACGACUAUGACUCUUGGGAAGGAAUGGGCAACAAAGGUUGGGACUACGAAUCAGUACUACCAUAUUUUAUUAAAAGUGAACGACUUGGAGAUGACACAAUAUUGAAAAGCCCUUCUAGAUCUUUCCACGGGACAAAGGGAUAUCUCGGUGUUACGAAACCGAGCUGGGGAGACAAAGUAGAUUUUACAGAAUUCGAACAAAACGAACGUAAGCAUCUAUUGGACUUCAACGGACCGGAGCAGAUGGGUUACGCACUACCGACAUUUACUGUUGCUGAUAAUGUUCGCCAGAGCACAGGCUACGCUUUUUUGAGACCCAUAAAAAAACGUAAAAAUUUGUUUCUUUCAAGAAAGUCUUUCGUCAGGAAAGUUUUAUUUAAUGAUGCAAAAGAAGCAAAAGCUAUAGAAGUCAUGCAAAAUGGUAAAAUACUGAUAAUUAAAGCAAGACAAGAAAUAAUAAUAUCCGCUGGUGCAAUAAACAGCCCGCAGCUAUUGAUGCUGCAGGGAUCGGCCCAAAAGAGCAUCUAA